CGUAAAAUUCAGGGCUCGGGUCAGUUCAGGCGCCGCCGUCGAUAAGGGCAGACGCGUCGCGACGUCAGUAGGGCAAAUUUAUUCAAUAUAUAAAUCAACCGCCGUGAAAAUGUGGAAGCGAUUCUGGUGAGUCGAUAAAAGCUUGUUGAAGUCCUUCCUCGAGCUACCACUGGAUAUGGUCCAUCGUACGACUGUUAUAGACUGCUUGGGUUAAAGUAUCUAAAAAGGUACAAAAAAAAGAGGAGGAUGUUCGUUUACACCCAUUUUUAGUUGUAUUAAUCAGCAAUGGCAGAUCACGAUCCAUUCGAUGACGAGCAGCUGGUCUCCAGCAACACAAAUCAGAGAAACUGGCGAGGAAUCCUCAUAGCACUAUUGGUUAUUGUCGUUGUUCUGGCGCUAAUAGUUACCUCCGUCGUCCUUCUAACUCCUCCUGAUGAUGGACCAAGAUUAAAAGGAAAUAGAUUCCAAUUGCAUGAUAUUUUAAGCCAUGAUUUCCAGCCCUUACGGUUUAAUGGGACUUGGAUAUCCGACGAUGAACUGAUCUUCAAAGACCAAUGGGGCGGAAUCAGCAUAUUCAAUGCCUUCAAUGUUAGCGUUAGAACGAUAAUGUCCAAUCAAACCUAUCUGCGUCUGAAUCCAUCGAGAUUUCAAUUAUCUCCCGACCAGAAGUACUUGUUGUUGGCAUUGAAUAUUAAAAAACUCUUCAGGCAUUCCUAUUUGGCACAAUACAGCAUCUACGACAUUCAAACAGGAAAUGAAUUUCCAUUAAGACCGCUUCCAGAAGACGAGGAUCAUCCGUUUUUAUUGCUGGCUCAAUGGGCGCCAAAAGGUCAUGCUUUGGUUAUGGUGCAGGAUUACAAUAUUUUUUAUAGAAAAACUCCAACAUCGCACGCUGGAUAUAAAGUUACAUAUUCAGCGGUUCCUGGAGUUGUUAGUCAUGGCGUCCCUGAUUGGCUGUAUGAAGAAGAGAUUCUUGGUACUAACUCUGCAAUCUGGAUGUCAAGAGACGGUAUGCUGAUGGUUUUCGCCACAUUCAACGACAGCCUUGUAGAAGAGUUACGAUUUCCUUGGUAUGGUUCAAUAAAAGACGGUAGAUUGUAUCCCGAUAUUAGAUCCCUGAGGUAUCCAAAACCUGGUACUAAGAAUCCUGAAGUCACUCUUACAGUAGCUGACCUCGCCGAUACAUCCAAUAUUAAAAUAAAGCCGGUUAUACCUCCGAAUGUAAUCGCACGUCGCGAUCAUUACUUCACAGCUGUAUCCUGGAUUAGCUCAACAGAAAUCAGCGUUGUCUGGUUGAAUAGACCACAAAAUUUAUCUGUGAUAACAAUAUGUUCAAGUCCCAAAUGGGACUGCAAAGAGAGUCAGCGAAUUGGAACCGAUGGAAAUGGUUGGGUUGAUAUGGGCGACAGUCCCGUUUUUGGAACUGACAGUUCAAAUUACAUUACUAUAGCGCCCGUCAGGGACGGACCAGCGGGAAAUUUUAGACACGCAGUUGCGGUAAAUAUCCCUAAGCGGCGCGUCAUCCCGUUAACGCACGGACGAUACGAAAUUACUAGGAUAUUAAAAUGGGAUCAUUCGAAUGAUGUCAUAUAUUUUCUUGGCAUACCAGAAAACAAACCCGGUCAACUGCACCUCUACAGGGUAGCGUCUGUACCUCCAAGAACUGGCGCAUCUUUACCACCACCAGUUUGUCUAACUUGCGUAAAAGAACCCACAUCAUCUCAACCCUCUUUCAUAGCCCUCGACGAAAAUAUCUAUAGGGUAAAGACCAAUAACUGGGAUGAAGAUGAUGAUGAUAUCAUCAUAACCACUCCGGCAACGAGGAGAAAAAAGAAUAAACAAAAAUUGUUCGUUAAGAAACCGCCAUGUCUCUACCACAAUGCCUUUUUUAGUCAAAAAGCUUCUUAUUACGUAUUAGAAUGUUUAGGGCCUGGAAUUCCAACAACGUCUUUAUAUAAAACCGGCAUGCCUAGGCCUAAAUUGAUUUUGUGGAUGCAAAAUAAUACGGAAUUAAGGAAAAGGGUUGAAGAAAUGGCUAUGCCGCAAAUUAAGACUUUUCCUGUUCAGAUUUCUGGAGGUUAUCAAGCUCACGUACGGCUUCAUCUUCCUCCUGGCCUUCGAGAAGAUGAAAUCACCAGAUACCCGCUGAUUGUACAAGUUUAUGGCGGACCUGGAAGUCAAUUGGUUACGGAAAGAUGGAGGAUAGAUUGGAACACUUUUCUGUCAGGCAAUAAAGAUUUUAUUAUAGCGCAAAUUGAUGGAAGAGGAUCUGGAGGUCAGGGACAACAACUUUUGCACAAAGUCUAUUACAAGCUGGGUUCGGUGGAAGUUGAUGAUCAGCUAGAAGUAACUGAAUAUCUAAGAGAUACCCAACACUUUAUUGACAAACGACGUGUCGCUGUGUGGGGUUGGAGUUAUGGAGGAUUUGUUGCCGCUUUAGCACUAGCUAGUCCGAAGAAUGUUUUUCAUUGUGCAAUUGCUGUUUCACCUGUAACUAACUGGAAACUAUAUGAUUCCGCGUAUACGGAAAGAUUUAUGGGCCUUCCGAAUGUGACGGAUAAUUAUAAAGGUUACGAGGAAGCGGACGUGAGUAACAAAGCUCAUAAACUCAAGGAUAAAAUGUUUUAUCUAAUACACGGAUCUGCUGAUGAUAACGUCCAUUUGCAGCAGUCUAUGUCUCUGAUGAAGGCUCUGUCUGAAGCAGGAACACUGUUUCGGCAACAAAUUUACCCCGAUGAAAGUCACAAUUUGGGAGGCGUGAAAAAACAUUUAUACGAAAGCAUGGGUAACUUCUUAGACGACUGUUUCCAGAAACAAGUUCCGCCUGAAUUUAAAGCAGGAUUAAGAAAUUACAUCGAAUAGUAUUCGGAGGAAGAUUCGCAAGAAUCUUCCAAUAAAUAAAAAUGAAGAAAAACCGAAUUUAGAGUACAAUAAUUCAACCAAACUAUCCCUUAUUUUGGGAUGGAAUUGUAAAACCUGGAAACAAUCUACGACGCAAGUAUAAAACUAUGCUUUGAAGCAUUCAAAAUGUUGGAUGUCAGUGAUUAAAGUGCCAAAUUUUAAAUACAAUUUAUGUCCUAAAUGUUAUCGGCGAUUUAAACGAUAUUGUUAACAAGGUUAACUUAAAACGGUUUUAAAAACUCAGGAAAAUAUUCCUUACCAAUGACUCAUUCAAUGAAAAAGACCAAGCUAAUAUACUAAUUUGCGUUUUCAUUUUUAAAGAGUUUGUUGCUUUGGAUUGAUCAAAUUUGGUAGAUUUUCACGAAAUUUUAUUUAAAAAAAAAAUAUAACAUAAAAAUCCUUCAUCACAUUUGUGAAUUUCACUUCAUUUUCAUUUAUUUCGAUGGUCACGGUUUAGUCUUCCGUCCGACCAGAAAAUAUAGGGGCCCAGCAUUCGACUCAUCGUUCAGUUUUCCGUCCGACUCAUCGUUCAGUCUUCCGUCGGACUAAAUUACGUAAAUAUCCAGCUCGUCUUGUUUAAAAUAUGUGGCGCUGUCCUAUUACUGUCAUAAAUUAAAUUGUUUGUGAAAAUCUACCAAGUAAAAGCCAAAAACAAGAAUUAAAAACAUAAAAAAUUCCUUAAAUUCUGUAAAUACUUUCUGAAAUAUCAAAUACACAUUAUAGACUAGAUAUCAAGCUUUUAUCGAAGAAUAAUUUUUAAAAAUUAUAAUUCUAAUGAUAAAUUUGUUUUUUUGAAGACAGAUAUUUUAAAAUUAAAUAUUUCUAUUAAUAAUUUAAGAGUGGAUUUAACAAGUUGAAAAUAUGUAUAUACAAAAAUAAUACGUAGGUCUCUCAAAUCAAACUAUAUAGGGGACUAAAUUAUAAGUAGAAUUUUAUUCUGAAUAAUUGGAACGAAUUUUUUUUCUAUGUUCCUCUAUCUAGAGAUAUGUUUGAUAUACGAUUUCUCCCUAUUCAAGUACCUUUGUGCCUUGACUGCAGUUCUGAUUCCCUUAGACCACGUAGAGUGUCAUUUUUGUACAGUUUAUGCUUUACCAUCUUUACCUCAUAAUCUAGAAGUAAUUUUUCAAUUUUUAUUAUUUUGAGCCACUUACUCGAGAAGAAAAGUUUUGCUACUUUAUAAACACUUUCAUUUAGGAGGUUGCUUGGAGAAUUCUAUGAAUAAAUCUCACAAUUUGGUGCUAUUAUAUCAUUCCUAUUCUUUUUACUACUUUACAUCCUCUUACCAAUCAAACUUAGCUUCUAUUACUUUUUAUUCGUACUGUACUUGUCUAUGUUCGUUCCAGUUUAGAUUUUUCCCUACUAUUUUGUUCCCAGAUCAUUCCUUACAACUCCCACAAGUAAUUAGGGAAGAUCACUAUAGUAUUGUAGUCGAUUUUCUGACUCCAAUCAAUUUUUAAUUCCCACUACUACGUUUGAAAUGUACCUCCGCAGAACGAGUAGAUUUUAAUGGUGCAAACUGAGUUUUGAUUGAUUAAAAGUAUGGUAUCGAAUGAAAGAAGUAAAAGGAGGUACUUUUCGAACGUAGCGUUUUCAAUUAAUUUGUUGCAAUUUAAAAUGUAAGCAGGCGCGGUUCGUAGUCUAGUCUGUGAGGAGGCUACUUUUGAAUAUAUGUCCAAUUUAUAUUUAUACAAGGUUUGUCAAAAAAUAUGAUUUUUGCCUUUUUAUGAAGAUAACUUUUUUCUAAUAUUAAUAAUAAAAAGAUUUUUUCAUAUACCGCCAAUUUACGUAGAUAUAUAUUAAAUUUUAUUAGUCAAAAAUAAAGGUACUUUACUCUUCGGUAAAAUUUUUGACAUACCCCGUAUACGGAUUUAAAAAAAAUAAUAUCUGAUGGUUGCAUUUUAAGUUUUAGACCAUGCAAAAAUUUUUAUCAAGAAUAAAUUUUUUUCACAAAACCAAUAAUAAAAAAGUUUUGGGCGCAGAAAUAAUAGCAUAAUGUAUAUAUGUAUAUAUAUUUCUAUGUAAUAUUUGAAAUAUAUAUUUGUAUUAGGUGCUAGGUGACGAGCCGCCUCUGAACGUAAGUAUUAUAGGUAAUAAUGUUCACAAAAUCAAUAAAAAUAAUAUUUUUGGCAUUAUUAAAGUGAGAUGUAUAUAUAAAUAGUCAAGUAGUUCAAAGACCAAAUUAUCAUAGUAAUAGAAAGAUAAUUCUUACAAAAUUUUAGUGAGAGUAUUUAAUAAAAUUCAACUUAAAGCAAGG